CUACUAUUUUUCCAAUUUUCAUUUAUCUAUUAUCGAUCAAUGCAGGUAACAAUGUCGAGAACCUAUCUGCCCAUUAGCCAAAUUACUGAUGAGACCAGAAACUGGACUGCGCUUAUUCAGGUCGUUGAGAGGGCACCUAUUCAAAUAAGCAAAAGUGAUUCACAAGUGCCCUAUCGAAGAUACUUAUUCACGGAUGGAGAGGGUACCAAAGUAGCUGCUGUAGUAUACAAAGCAGCCAUGAAGGAGUUCGAUGAUUUGCUGCUUCCGUACAAGCGAUACUACCUUACUGGAGCAAAAGUGCGGCCAGAAACCCCGCUAUACCAAGUUGGCCCUUAUGAAUUCAAUUGGCUCCUGCACAAAAAAACUUUGGUUGAAGAAUUCGAAGAAGAAGUGCCCCCUCAGCUGCCAUGCCAAAUCGAAGUUCAUCCGUACACUGAAAACAAAGCAAAUGUUGCAAAACUGGUGGAGGAAGGAGUGUAUAGAGACACAGACAAAUUGUUUCCAUACCCAUUAGCCAGUGAGAUAGUAACUGUCCAACGCGCAGUAUCUUCUAUCAAAUACACUAAAACUUGUUGGGUUGCUGGGAAGCUGAAAUAUUUGGGAGACAACAAGUCUUUGUGGACAGCUACUUGCAACAAUUGCCGAAAAAAUUAUAAUGUGCCUCCAAAUACGCCAGUCAAAUGUCGAAGCUGCAGGGAAGAUACACUGGUCGAAGCAAGGUGUCGGUUGCCAAUUGCGAUUGAAGAUGAGACAGGAAACAUACAUGCAAUGUUGUAUGAUUCAGAUGCCGAAAGAGUGAUUCCAUUUAAUGGGACUGACUUAUAUCAAGCUGAACAACAGGGAGUGGAUUUGACUGCUCAGAUUGCAGCAGCAAUGAGGGAACAUCAUGUGGUUUGCUUCAUCAAACACUAUGAAUCAACUCACCACACUGUCCUUAAGCUUUAUACAAUUGUUGGCAUGCAAACCGACAAAAAUUUGCUUCCACCUACAGAGCUAGGAAAAGAAGGGUCAGCCUCAGCUUCAAACAAGAUAACAGACAAAGAGCUCUUCAGUCCAACGCUAAAAAAUGUUCUUAACUCCCUCACUCCACCACGUGAAAAGCCUACAACAAUUGCAGCUUCAGAAUCAACGGUCAAAAAACGCAUCAGCUUCGACUCUCAUCAAUCCUCCACCUCAGGAACCAGCAUUCCAUCCACCAACAUUCCUGAAUCACCCACACAGCAAACUCAUCAAACCAGUGCGAUGUGUGAUGCAAGCCCGACAAAGAAAAGUAGGCCAAAAAUGGAUUAG